GUAAUCUAUAUUUAUCAUAAUAUUAUAUUUAUAUUUUAUACUUAUCCUAGUAUAAAUAUUAAAACUCCGUAAUCUUUUGCCUCACCAUCAAUUAAAUAUCAUAAAAUGUCCAAAAACAAACUAAACAUAUUCUAUUUAUUUGAAAUACAUAAACCAUUUUAAAAUAUAUAUUUCUAUGUUCUAUCUUCUAUGAAAUUCUAUAAUCAUAAAGCCCAUAGCUUAUAGUACUAUAUGUCUAUAUCAUGAAAUAACAACAAGGUAUGAUUGGAACUUUAUGACAUUCUGAUCAUUCAAUGAGUAUGUGACAGAGCUUAGCGUAUAGUAAUAAUAAUUCAAAGUAUGAUAAUAUUGGUAGGCAAGUGACAUGUUGCAUGGGGUAAAUGGACAUUUCCCUCCUACUGUUUUUGUUGUAGUUGGAUUUGUAUAUGCUGACCUUUCCCUCUUAUGCUUAUUUUGAAAAGUUUAUUAUUUAAUAACAAUAUAUUAUAUACGCUCAAAAUUGGCCUGAUAAGUAUAGGUACACUCCAAUUACUUCCUCUAAAAUCUCGAUUACUUAUUAUUUUUUUUAUUCUUUCAACAACAAUUUUUACUGUUUCAAGUAGACAAUGAUCAAAAAUAUUCGUCUAUAAUUUAAUAUAUUAAUGAAAAUAUUUGAAAAUUUAUUCUGUAUAUAGACAAAAUUAGACAAUAGGAAAAAAAAAUUUUAUAUUAAAUAAUAAAUAAUAUAACAUCAUCAAAAAUUGAACUUUUUUGAAAGAUGGGUAGAAAGUGUCCAUAUUAAAAAAUGAAUAAGUCGGUAGUCUUGCUAUGUCGAACUAGCAGGGGAAAAAGUUCGAGAUUCAUUGCUCGGACUUGAACCAAAUCUAGACUUUACUUUACUUUUGUGACCAUCUCUUGUUGCUUAUAUUAUGCUAGAUAGUAUUUGCUAUAGGGAAUUCGUAACUCGUAGGACCUAAGGUUUUUAUAAUUUGGUCUUCCGUUGAGUGAUGACCGUUGUAACCAUGGCUAAAUAUACUUAUAUACUAAAUAUAUUUAGCCAUGGUAGAGACUAGAGAUCAUGUUCUCCACAUCGUUCUCGCAUGAUAAAAGAACAUUUUGUCAUGCGUUCUCGGUGGCCACUAGCCGGUGUUCUAAUUGCUCUUAAAUCGUGAUAGUAACUUAUAAAAUAUAUAUACAUCAGGUAACUAGAUAACCGUGAUUGUAUUAUUCAUUGUAAAACUGAUAAGAAUAAAGAAACAAAUUCAAACAUUCCUAUUGGUUGUAUAUACGAUUUAAGAUGGCAGAGGCUGUAUAGUAUAUACCAUAUAGUUAACAUAUGACUUAUUCAAUAUUCAUUAUUGACCGUUACGACUUAUGAAUUACGAUAGUGGUAGUUAGUACGAUUCACAUUUUCAUUUUUUUCAUUUCUUUCCUUCUUGCAGUUUGUAGUUUUGUACCACAACUCAAAAGUGAUUUCUUACUGCGACACAAUAAUUUACAUUAGCUGGGUACUUCUACACAUUAUUGAAGUAAUAUGUCACAGAAGCUUUUAAAUAGUUUUAACGUACUUAAAGAGUAUGAAAAUAUUCAUGCUAAAUGGUGUGCUGAAUUAAUAGCAAAUGGACGACAAACACUACAAUCAAUAUCUAAUAUUAUUGAUAAUGAUAUGCUAAUAAAUUUGAUGGACAGUUUUAUGGGAUUUGUUUCAUUACUUGCUCAAUGCAAUACUAAUGCAUUAUCUGAUGAAAAAAUUACAUAUAAACCAAGUGAUCCAACUUCAAAACAACACAAUGAAAGCCAAGAUUUAUUACUAAAGAAUGAUAUUAUUAAGGUGAUGAAUAGUGAUCUCCAAUGUCCAAUUUGUAACGAAUGGCUAUUUAAAGCAACUUCUGCAAAUUGCAAUCAUACAUUUUGUGAAACAUGUAUCAAAAAAUGGUUAAAAAUAAAUAAAACAUGUCCAGUUUGCCGUACACCUAUUCAACAUACUACAACUUCUAUAGCAGUAGAUAAUUUCAUCACUAACUUGUGUCACUUAUUUGGCGGUUUUACCAAGGAACGACGAGAAUCAAUAAUGAAUGCUCAUAUAGAUGAUAAGGAAAAAACAACCAAUGCUGAUAUUACAGUAGAUGAACUAACUAUUGAUUUAAAUGUCAAUCAGUCAAUUGAAUAUGAUACAUUUAUUGGCCAAAAUGACACUACUUUACCAGUGUUACAUCACAAUAUGGUUCAUUUAAUACCUUGUCCUCAAACACCUGUGUCUAGAGAAAAUUCAAGACAAUCAAUAGUUAGCCCAAAUUUACCUCAUCCUAACACAGUUAGAUUGUUACCUUUUCCUCAAUCAUCUGUAGCAUCUGUAGCUAGCCCACGUUCUAAUCGCCUUCAACCAACAUCUUCAGCACAUGUGCCCAGCUCACAUGUUAAUCGUUUCCAAUCCACUACUUCAAAAUCUGUAUUAAGUCCACGUGUUAAUCGUUUUCAACCUAAUUCUCCAGUAUCUGUGGUGAGCCCACGUAUUAAUCGUAUUCAACCAACAACAUCAACAUCUGUUGACAAUUCAAAUAUUUAUCGCCUUAGAACUACUACAAAUAUUGGUUCAUCACCUAGAUAUCAUUCAAACAUUGAUAAUUUACCACACCGCCAGACAAAUUCUCCAUUACAAACACAAAAUGUCAUAUACUAUUAA